AUGCCGAAGAUCCCAACUGCAUCGCGUAAUCCCAAUCCUGCUGUGCAACCUCCCACCAGAGCUGCUAGAAAGCCAGCAGGGGCUGGAACGUCUGCUACCCGCGUGCGACCUUCGCCGUCGAGUGCCAACAUUGUUGAAUCCAACCGCACCCCACGCGAAGUCCAGCCCCAGCGAGCAUUGCGGGCACACGCUUCCCAGUCGAACAACCAUGAUGAGAACAACCAUGAUGAUUGUAUCAAGUGGCUUGAAGCAGCCGAAGAGGACCAUCAGAACCGCACUGCCAGGCUGAACGAAAACUGUCAGCAACUUGUCGCGGAAAAAGCCCAGUUGUCCGCGCAAGUUCGGCAGCUUGCCUUGGAAAAGCAGAAAUAUGCGGAGGAGUGUCGUCGGCUGAAGGGUGAAAAUCGUACAUUGGAAGAUAGCCUGAAGACAGCGACCUCGCUUGACCAAAUGCCACGGGACGAAUACAAACAGGCCUUGAAGGAACUUCAGACCUCCCUGGCCGACCAGAUCACGGCCAAAAUGAACGAGAGCGACAAUGUAUACUUUUCCACUCUCUUACCUUCACCCAAUGCGGCUCAAACCUGGCAAGACCAAGAUGCCAACUAUCUGCUUGGCCCUUCAGACAUCCCGGCACAACCCCUUCAGGGAUACUCUUCGUCCAGCCUGCCCACAAUUCCCCACAUCGAUCCAUAUGCGCAUCUGCCCUGA